AUGUCCUGUCUAACGAGCUUUCUGCAGCUGCUGCAAGUGCUGACAACGCUUUCGGGUUGCAACAUUUACAGAUAUGUCGAAGGCAGGCGGGUAUUCAGACUGAACCAUAAGAUUAAUUUUCUGGUGGGUGCUAUGCACAGAUUCUGGCUGCGACCCUGGCUGCUGUUGAUAUUCAUGAUGCACUUAAUUUACUGGGUGCUGGAGUUCCUCGGUGGACUGGCGGAUCCCACGUCCGGCAGCGAAAGACCCCUGAAUCUUAUCUACGGAAUGGGAAUGACCAUCGGCAAGAAUCAGAACUUCUUCAUCGCCAUGGGGUUGGCCUAUCAUUACAGGUAUCAUCGGACUUUGAUGCGACAGGUUCUCAAUGGAUUUGUGAAGACCUUUUAUAGCUACGAGAGAAUCUGUGGACGGGCACCGCGAAUGAACUGGUGGAUUUAUGGUAUCCAAUCCUACAGAGUACUUAUUGCUUCAUCGGCGCCUAUCAUUGCGACUUCUUCUGUGCUAGUUCCCGGUCUAGGACAAAAUCUAGACAUAUUCCUUAAUAAAUCUGGAAUAAUCUUCGUCUGCAUUCAGCCUCUUUUGUUAUCUUUGGCUGUAUAUUUGGGCCUCGCGAUCCUCUAUGUCUUUUAUGAUAUCCAGGUGCAUUGUAAGCAAAAAAAACCAUUUCAGCUCUACGUUUUUUACAGACAACUGAUAAAGCUUAGGCACAAUUUCGACUGUUUGGCCAGGCCCUUUGUGUGGACAGCCUUGUUGGAGAAUUUGUGUCUCUUCAUAUCAAGCUUUCAUUUGAUCCUGUACGAUCAGCAAUCAGUAGAGCACCUUGUGAAGAGUCUGAUAACCAUCUUUAUAUAUCCGAUCACCCUUCUCCAUAUGAAUGUGGGAAUCAGCACUGCCGAGAAAAAGUUCGGCCAAUUUAAGGCCAAUUUUAAGCCACAGCGACAGACACAAUCGCUAUGGCUUUACAGGCUCGUAAUAAAAGCGACUGUUGAUAGAAGUGAUACUAACGUUUUUCGUCUGGACCGUGGACUUAUUUUGGAAAUGCUAAGACUUGGUUGGGUUUUUUCCAUGUUUACAAAUAGCUUGAUGCUUAAUAGCACCGCCAGGCUUAAACACUUUCAGACUGUAAAUUAUAAAAAAUUGUUGUAG